ACCGAGACGAAAUCCUCAAGCCCCAACCCCAACCCCAAACCCAAACCUCUCUCGGAAGUUCCUCUCGCGUGGCCGGUUUCCUCAACCUCCGUGUCGGCUCAAUAGUUUCGCGAGCGGGCGGGGCGGGGGUCUGAGCUCGAUGGCCACUUCUGGCGAGCAAUCGGCUGGCGGUGGGUCUGCGGCGAGGGCGUCGAAGCUGCGCUACCCGCUGCGGUCGGCGAGCAAGGGGAAGGCCGCGGCCGUUUCCCCGGCGGCGGAUGCGCCUCCCACCACCAUCUCUGCUCCGCGUCGGGUAAAGCCAUCUUCAGAUGUCAGCAAGAGCAUGUGUUUAGACCUUUCUGUGAAGGAUAAGUCUGUCAAGCCUCCACGGAGGCACUCAAUACAAACUAAGCCAGGAGCUAGCCCAAGGCCAAUACCUUCUGGAACUGUGACUCCGGUGUCUGGGGUUCGGUCAAAGAGAUCGGACGGCCAGGGGAGGUUUGAUACUCCGACAUCAGAAGUGUCCAUGUCCAUGUCAAGGCGCAAGUUCAGCACGCUUUCUUCAAUCUCGUACUGGAUGACACAGAUCAGGCUUGCAGAGGCUGCUUCCAAACACUCAGUUUCUCUGGGCUUCUUUAAGCUUGCUCUUGAAUCAGAAUGUGAGCCUUUGGACCGGAUGAGGGAAGAACUCAAGUCCUAUGUAGUCCGCCAUUGCUUAGCGACAGAAUUGGAGGACCCAGUCAAGGACAUUCUUCAGGUUUAUGAUAUUGUGGACGAUUUUGAGAAGCUGAAGAUCUCUGCAGAGCCCUCAGAGCAACAAAAAAAGUCUGAAAAGGCUGCUCGUAAUGUCUCCAAUGUGUCAGCCAAUUGUAAUCUGAAGCCAAGGUCACUAAACUCUGGUGCUACUGAAAGUAAGGAAGCUGGGAAGAAAGAGGGCAUUCAGAAAGCGAAACCUGAUGCAAGGGUCAGAGGCUCCAAUAACAGGAAUCCAGUAAAAUGCACCACCGCAAAGGAAGUAGUUGCUAAGAACACUGGUAAGAAAACCAAGAAAGAGGCCAAGGGUCAGGAGGAAGUUAGCAAUGGAGAUAGCGAUGCAUCCUCAGCCCUUCCAGAUCAGGAAUCUGUUGAUGUUGUGAAGGAGAUCACCCAUGAAGAUAAAGAGAACAUGGACGAGAAUGAAAUGGCUAUGGAUGUUGCCAUAGCGCAAGAAUUCUAGAACAGCCGGACCAGCUUCAGAUUCAAUCGUUUUUUAUUGCUGAAGAUGAAGUAUUAGUGUGUGGUUGCUUAUUUUGGUUUUCAUCAUUGUUAAUAUGAUAGUAGAGCUUGUCUGUGUGAUUGCUGAACCAUAUACGCUCCUGAAGAGUGUGUCAUAAGUUGAUGAUUGCCUGUAUUCCUUUUUCAAGUUUGCAGCUUUGCAUGUGGUAA